AUGCCCGUGGACUUCCUGGCAAAGUGGAAAUCGACCGUCUCCGAAGCUCUACCGCUACAGAACAUGGACCGCCUCAUGUCAAGUUGGAAGUACGCGCCAGUGGGAGAGUCGGAGGAGGGAAACCACCCCUCGAAGCGAUCAUUCUUCCAAAACGCGAGAGAAUGCCUAAACUCGAAAGCCUUCUGGCGGACCUUCCUGGUGAUUGCCAGCAUCCUCCUGCUCGCCAACCUGUUCUCGCCGGUCCAGCAGUAUGCGAAACAGCGUGGUUGGUUCCCGGAAGGACCUGACCAAGAGGGCAGCUCAGAGGGGAGUGAGGUGCUGGACAAGCCUAUACCCAAAGACGGCAUCGACUGGUCGCAGUACGCAUACUGUCAAUACGUUACCAACGAGGACUACCUGUGCAACUCGCUCAUGAUCUUCGAGUCGUUGACCCGGCUGAGGGCGAAGGCGGAGAACAUGAUGAUGUAUCCGGAGGACUGGACGGUUGGUGACAAUUCCAACCAUGGAAGGCUGUUGGCGCAGGCAAGAGAUGAGUACAACGUGCGUCUGGUGCCGAUCCAAGUGGAGCGGAUGGCAGGCGACCCGACGUGGGCAGAGAGCUUCACGAAGCUGCUCGCCUUCAACCAGACGAUGUACAAGCGGGUCCUGAGUCUUGACUCGGACGCGACAGUCCUGCAGCCCAUGGACGAACUCUUCCUCCUCCCCUCAGCCCCCGUCGGCAUGCCCCGCGCCUACUGGCUCGACCAGCCCUUCCUCUCCUCCCAACUCGUCCUCAUCGAACCCUCCAAAUUCGAAUUCGCGCGCAUCGAACGCGCCUUCGCCGAACGGGGCAACAACGACUUCGACAUGGAGAUCGUCAACGACCUGUACGGCAGCAGCUGCUUCAUCAUCCCGCACCGCAAAUACGACCUCUUGACCGGCGAGUUCAAAUCCCAACCCGACCAGCACGCGAAAUAUCUCGGCAGUACCGAGGAGAAGUGGGAAUCGGAUAGGAUACUCGAGGAGGCCAAGUUUUUGCAUUUCAGCGAUUGGCCGUACCCGAAGCCGUGGAUCGGGUCGAGUCAGGCGAGCACCGAGCAGAAUAUGCCGGAUUGUCAUGGGGAUGAUUGUGCGGAUCAGAAGAACUGGUUGUGGUUUUAUAGUGAUUUCAGGGAGCGGAGGGCGAGGAUUUGUGGGGAGGGGUUCAAGAGGAAGAGGGACGUAGAGGCGGAGCUGUUUGAGCCGGCUUCGUCGCCGGCGACCGGACUGGUGUUUAACUGGCGUUGA